UCUUUCUAAAGAAACUUCGUUGCAUUUCCCUGUUUUGCCUUUUCCCCCCCCAAAAGGCUGGUUUCUUAUAUCGGUUUUCUUCCCCCCUCCCUUCUUUUGUUUAACAUGUUAGAGUUGAGCUUGAUCAUAAUUCAUAAUUUUUGUCUUUGGCAAUUGCAGUUAAUGAAAUGGAAUUUGGCAUGAUUUUGAUCGUAUUUGUGGCUUCAAUCCCUACAAUUUUGGCUGAAGAUAUUAGUUAUGGAACAAUUGUAGUUGAUGGGACUACAAGUAUUGCUCAAACCGAUGAUAAUUUCGUUUGUGCUACAAUCGAUUGGUGGCCUCAUGAUAAGUGUGAUUAUAAGCAGUGUCCGUGGCACUAUACAUCUGCAAUAACUUUGGACCUGUCUCAUCCUAUCCUUACCAAAGCAAUCCAAGCUUUCAACCGUUUGAGAAUACGAAUUGGAGGGUCUUUGCAAGAUCAAGUGUUGUAUAAUGUUGGAAAUUUGAAGUCUCCUUGCCAUCCAUUCAGAAAGAUGAAACAUGGGCUGUUUGGAUUUUCAAAGGGAUGUUUGCAGAUGAAAAGGUGGGAUGAACUAAACCAUUUCUUCAAUGCUACCAGUGUGAUGUUGACCUUUGGCUUGAAUGCACUCUAUGGGAGACAUAAAAUAAAGGGGAGCCUUUGGGGAGGGGAAUGGGACUCUAGCAAUGCACAAGAUUUUAUCAAGUACUCCUUUUCAAAGGGAUACCAGAUAGAUUCAUGGGAAUAUGGUAAUGAAUUGAGUGGAAAUGGUGUUGGUGCACAUGUUCAUGCUGACCGAUACGGGAAAGAUUUGAUCCACCUAAAGAAAAUCAUAAAAGAGUUAUACAGAGGCUCCCAAUUUGAACCAUCAUUAGUUGCACCAGGAGGAUUCUUUAACCAACAAUGGUUCACCAAGCUUCUUCAGGUCUCUGGCUCAAAUGUACUUGAUGCUAUAAGCCAUCACAUAUACAAUUUGGGUGCUGGUUCUGAUCCCAAACUUGUGAGUAAGAUAUUGGAUCCUAACCACUUGAACAAGGUUGCAAAUACUUUCAUCAAUCUCGCACGCACCGUCCAGACGCAUGGUCCUUGGUCUUCCGCAUGGGUCGGAGAAUCCGGUGGGGCUUAUAACAGCGGCGGUCCUCACGUGUCUGACACAUUCGUCAACAGCUUUUGGUAUUUAGAUCAACUUGGAAUGGCUUCCAAGUACCAUACUAAAGUAUAUUGUCGGCAAACACUAAUUGGUGGCAACUAUGGUCUUCUCAAUGCCACAACAUAUGUUCCAAACCCCGAUUAUUACAGUGCACUUCUAUGGCAUCGUUUGAUGGGAAAAGUGGUUUUAGCUGUUGGUAGUGAUGCAUCCCCCUUUUUGCGAUCUUACGCCCAUUGUUCUAAGGGAAGAAUUGGUGUGACUUUACUCGUGAUCAACUUGAGUGAUCAGACGAAAUUCAUUACGGAUGUUCAAAACAGUAUGAACAACAACAUCAGGUUGGCUACAGAACAACAAAACAUCAGCAGGAAGAGCUUCUCACGGAGUCUUAAGAACACAGCUUCCGGAGCCGAAAUCAAAGCUUCUUCUGACGAAUAUUCAUACAGAGAAGAGUAUCAUUUAACUCCAAAAAAUGGGUACCUUCAAACCCGAACUAUGGUUCUUAAUGGCAUUCCUUUAGAACUUACAAGUACUGGAAACAUCCCAAGGCUAGACCCUGUUCGUGUUAAUGUUAAGUCUCCGAUAUCCAUCACUCCGUUGUCGAUUGCCUUCCUAGUAUUCCCCGACUUUGUUGCUCCGGCUUGCAGAUAAUCGUUCGAGAUUCCCUUUCAUAUGCUAUAAUAUAGCUUUUCUAGGUUAGUACAGUUUUUUUGUCGACUUUAAUAUCUAUACUCGUACUAUCCUCUAAAUAUAAGAAAAUUCCUUUGUCCUUUA